GUUCUGCAAAUAAAACGGCCCAAAGGACUUGACAACACGAGGUAUAAUGAGAAACAAUUAGUGAUACGAUGUUAUUAUUAACAUAUCCAAUUGAGAAGAAUCUGUCUGCCAUUUUUCAGAGAUAAAUUGAUCAGCACUUUGAGGAUUCAGCUACCGCUGGCUGACUCACUGUGGAGCAGGGAGGGCUGAGGUGUGUGUCCGGAGAGAGGUUCACACAUGCCGUCUGCUGCUGUGAGUGUCCGUGGAUUUGUGGAUUCGUGGAUUCCUAAUCAUGAUCGGCUGCCUCCCUCGUGUGUCUGCGUAGUCAUGAAAUGAGGCGAGCUUGCCAGAGGGUUGGCCAACUGAGAUGGCGGGACACCACCUCCCGAUGGUGCGGCAGAUCGACCGCGAACUUCUGAGCUGUGGCAUCUGUCUCGAGCGCUACAAAGUGCCAAAGGUCCUUCCAUGUCUGCACACAUUCUGCCAGAAGUGUCUCAACAACUACAUUCCACCUGAGAGUCUUUCCCUGACCUGUCCCAUCUGUCGACAACAGUCCAUAGUGCCCCUGCAGGGAGUGAUCGCCCUUCAGACCAACUUCUUCAUCACCAACCUCAUGGAUGUGCUCAGCCAGCCCAGCUGUUGCAUGAUGUGUGACAAAGAGGAGAACAAGCCUGUGUCCAAGUGUCUGGACUGUGAGGAGUAUCUCUGCGAGGGUUGUGUCCUCACACACUCCAAUAUGGACUCGGACAAGCUUCACACUGUGGUCAGUCUAGACGCUCUGUCUGGUAAAGCCAGCAGUGACGAGCCCCAGCUUGUGUGUCCGAACCACGAUGGAAACGCGUUACAGUAUUAUUGUGUCGAGUGUGAGACUGCGGUAUGCAAGAACUGCACCGCAGUGGAACACAUUGGUCAUAGGAUGAUCUCCCUCAAGGAAGCCAUCCACGAGCAUAAGAGCGGACUUCAGACUUUGAUAUCAGAAGCAAGGUCACAGAUUCCAAACAUAGAGCAUUCCAUAUCGAUAGUUACCGAUGUCUCAGAUUCUUUAGAAAACAAGUCUCGCAUGGCUAAGGACAGAAUAGGCAUAGUCUUUCAAGAGCUGAUGCAGAUUCUAGAUUCGAGGAAGUCUGCUUUGAUAAUAGAACUGAAUUCUAUUUACAGUUCAAAGCAGCAGACCUUGCUGGAGCAGCGUGAGACUCUGGAGAGCAUCCUCUCGAGGAUCAACAGCUGCUGUGACUUCACGCAGGAGACUCUGGAGAAUGGGAACGAGAUGGAGAUUCUUCUAGUCAAGAAGGAGAUGUGUGAGAAGCUCCAGGAGCUGGCUGGAGUCAAGAUCCAGUUCCAACCAGAGGAGAAUGAGUACCUGACAUUUGAUGAGAGCUGCUUCCACGAAUUGAGCCCAGCGCUCCAGAAUGUGGGAGCCAUCCAGACCAACAGUGCGGUCGCUUUUGAAACAACGGCCACUGGCGAGGGUCUGAAGCACUGCUACAUCGGGCGUCCUGCAGUGGUUACUGUGACAACUAAAGACAGACGCGGUGAGCUCAUCAAGUUUGGGUGUGCCUCGCUGACGGCAGAGAUUACAAGUCAGGACUUGGAACAGGUCAUUCUGCCUACAGUCACGGAUCACAGAAAUGGAACUUACGACCUGACAUACACACUUCGACGACCUGGAAUUCAUCAGCUGGAGAUAAAACUGUUCAACCAGCACAUUAGAGGAUCUCCAUUCAAGAUCAAAUCCAUCCCUGGAGGUGAAGAGGUUGAUCAGUUUGGCAGCUCUUCAAGAAUACCCAGAACCAAUGCCGUCAAGCAGAAAGGAACAAAACGACCUUCAAGUUCAAGAUCACAUGGGUCCAAUCGCCGUAGCAACCCUAUAGAAGAUGAUCUAAUUGUCAGGAUUGGAGUUAAGGGAAGGAAUAAAGGAGAGUUUACCAAUCCUCAGGGUGUCUGCUGCGUUAAUGGGAAGAUAUUAGCGGCUGACAGUAACAACCAGACGGUGCAGGUUUUCUCUAACGAUGGCAUUGGAGAGUGUCGACUGAAGUUUGGAUCACCAGGCAGAGUUCCUGGCAAGAUGCAGCGUCCCACUGGAAUAGCUGUCACUGUUAAUGGUAACUAUCUAAUCGCAGAUUAUGACAACAAAUGGAUCAGUGUUUUUUCUCCGGACGGAAAAUACAUCAAUAAAUUCGGGACUGGGAAACUUCUCGGACCCAAGGGAUUGGCAGUGGAUAACAAUGGACACAUAAUAGUUGUGGAUAACAAAGCCAGCACUGUCUUUAUCUUUCAGUCAAAUGGAAAAGUGCUUCAUAAGUUUGGUUCCCGUGGCAAUGACAAUGGUCAGUUUGCUGGGCCUCACUAUGUAGCCAUCAACUCCUCGAAUGAUAUCAUAAUUUCCGAUUUUCACAAUCACUGUGUUAAGGUGUUCGAUUGUGAAGGGUCAUUUCUCUUCAGUUUCGGAUCAAAUGGUGAAGGGAAUGGACAGUUCAAUGCCCCAACCGGAGUAGCUGUCGACAAGAAUGAUAAUGUUUUGGUAGCAGACUGGGGAAAUUCGAGAAUACAGGUGUUUGACAGCUGUGGAUCGUUCCUGUCCUAUGUAAACACAACUGCUGAUCCUCUGUACGGGCCGCAGGGACUCUCCAUCACCAAGGACGGGCAAGUGGUAGUGGCUGACUCAGGAAACCACUGUAUUAAAGUCUACAAGUAUCUCCAGUGACAGGCAGUAUACCACUGUGUUAAAAUCUAUAAAUAUAUCCAGGGACAGGCAGUACUGUUGUUAAAAUCUACAAAUAUCUCCAAUGACAGGCGGUAUCACUGUAUUAAAGUCUACAAGUAACUUCAAUAACAGGUGGUAUUACUGUGUUAAAGUCUACAAGUAUCUCCAGUGAUAGAUGGUAUCAUUGUAUUAAAGUCUACAAGUACAAUGUGUUUCCAAUAACAGGUUGUAUCAUCAGUAAAAGGAAUUUUCUGUUGUAGUUUUCUGACUAUAGAAACCACUGUAUUAAAAUCUACAAGUAUCUCCAGUGACAGGCAGUUUCUGUUGUAGUUGCUGACUAUAAAACCACUAUAGAAACCAUUCAAUUAACGUAAGUCUACAAGUUUCUCCAGUAACAGACUGUACCACUAUAUUAAAGUCUAUAAGUAAUAGACAUUUGCUGCUGUAGAAACUAUAGUCUACAAGUAUUUCUAGUGACAGGCAAAUAUCUAUAGAAACCACUGUAUAAAAGUGUACAAGUAUCUCCAGUGACAGACAAUUUCUAUGAAAACCACUGUAUUAAAGUCUAUAAGUAUGUUCAGUGACAGGCAAUUUCUAUAAAAAAAAACAAAAAACACCCACUAUAUUAAAGUCUACAAGUAUACCAGUACUCUGUUACAGCCAGUUACUAUAGAAACUACUGUAUAAAAGUCUACAUGUAUUUCCAGUGACAGGCAAUAUCUAUAGAAACCACUGUAUUACAAGUAUACUCAGUGAUCUAGGCAGUUUUUAUAGAAACCAUUGUAUUAAAGUCUACAAGUAUCUUUAGUGACAGGUAGUUUAUCGGCUGUUAUAACUAACUUAGAAACCACUGUAUAAUAUAAUAUGCAAUAGGCCUAUUUCUCUACUGUCAUUGACUCUGUAAACCACUAUUUUAAAUUUUAAAGUUAUCGAUCUCUCCAAGGACAGGCUGUUUUCUGUUGACCAAUAAUUAUCAUUUUUAUGGUGCUGUUUAGCAUAAUUUGCAAACCAAUGUAGCAUGUGUUUAACAUUCUUUAAUUUAUGUUGUGCACAACUUACAAAACAAUCUACUAUAGAUGUACAAUGUAUUGUAUCUAUGCUAUUUAUAGAAAUUAUUAAAUUGUCUUCAACAACCUGCUAUACAUUUUUGUUUUACAUCUGCAAUAAACCAAUAGCAUUUUCCAAUGAGAAAAUAUCAGCCACUCAGAGUUUUCAAAUAUCCUAGAUCUGCAGUAUUAGGUAUAUGACAUUCUAUAAUUUGUUAUGUACAAAAUGGUUUUGAGCAGAUUUGACACUGCAAUACAAGCAAGGGAUGUUUUAUAUGCAUUUUUUUUUUAUAGACGGCAGUACAUUUGAUGUCUUUUAGUGUCUAGUCAUGAGGCACGGAUUAGGAUUCGGUAAAAUAAAAACUGGCUCCAAUUAAAUAAAUCAAACUGUAGGCAAAUGUAAAAUGGUACUGAACUACAUCCUGUCCCUAAGUUGGAGUGUGUGUACAUGACAGACGUGCUUGAUGUAAACACAUGUCAGGUGGUUAAAUUAUUGGGGGAAUUUUGUGUAUAUGUUCCUGUAAUUAAUUAUAUAAUGCAAGCAAACGGCCGAAACCCUAAUUGUACUAGAACUAAACUACAUUCUGUCUUCAACCUGUAGGGUGUAACCAAAUCAGAUUAAACCUACCGUAUGGUUGAUGUAAGCACAUGUCAGGUGGUUGAAGUAUUUGGGAAAUUUUGCUUUACAUUAUUCCUGCAAUUAAUAAUAUAAUGCAAGCAGAAGGCUGAAACCCUAAUUGCACUAGGACUAAGCUGUAUACAUCCUGUCCUCAAUUUUGAUAGUGUAACCAAGACAGACAUGCUUGAACCUAUAGUUUAUGUAAGCACAUGUCAGGUGGUUGAAGUAUUUGAAAAUUUUGCAUUACAUAUUCCUGUAUUUAAUUAUAUAAUGCAAGCAGAAGGCUGAAACCCUAAAUGUAUUAGGACUAAGUGUAACUAAGACGGAUGUGCUUGAACCUAUAGUUGAUUUAAGCAUGUCAGGUGGUUGAAAUAUUUUGGAAAUUUUGCAUUACAUAUUCCUGUAAUUAAUAAUGUAAUAUUAUAAUACAAUUCAACUUCAUGUUCAUCAUUUGUUCCUGGAUCAGUGUUUCCAUGUACUAUUAAUCAGAUAUCACAGAUGGAUUAAUGUUUAAAUAAUCAUUUCCUUAAAUAUUUCAUUCACUUUAUCAUUGUAACUCCAUAUUUAUGUCACAUCCACAACAGGACAUUUCUGUAUUUUAAGUAUAGUGUUCCUUGUAACACCAGUAAGAAAAGGGGGCCAAAGUUUUGAUAUAAAGUGAACAAGAAGACAAAGAACUGUAUUUUGUUCCUGGGUUUUUUUUUUCUCCAGAUGUCAGUUUGGUGACUGGCAACCAUAUGAAUCAUUUUGCAUUAAAAUUAAUUUAUUAGAAAAUAAUAUUAAAAAGCAGCUUACUCUACUAUGGAGACUUUAAUAAUCAAUCCAAAACCAUACUGUUUCUGUGUGUUAUGCUAAUCUCAGACUGUCAAAUGUCAUGAUGAAGUUGACAAACUCAGUGGUUGUGUUAAUUGUAAUGUCCCCAACUCCCAGCUGAUGGCGGGUGCGCUCAGAUUAACAACUAAUUGAUCAUAGAAGUCGUAUACAAUGAAAAACAAGUUGUAAGAGUGCUCAGACUAGCAACUGGACAGUUGUAAAAGUUGUGUGAGCAGAAAAUUUGUCAACUUUGUUGAUAUUUUGUAGUUUGAGCCUAACAUUAGGUGCUAUGACCAAUAUGGUUAUGUAUCUAUUUGGCAUCUCUUUUUGUAGAAGAGAAGAACAAUUAUCUCUGGUCUGUAUUUGGGACAUUUAUUGACGAACCUAAACUACAUUACUAUUUGUACUACACAUUUGUAUGAGAUGUUACUUUUUCUGCAUAUCUAAUCAAGCUAAUAUUAUUGUGUUUUAAAACUACAUACAUGGUGAAUAAAUGUACCACUGAUUUUAACAUCAUUUUAGUUAUGUGAAGACUCAGUCUUUAUUGAAAUUUUGUGCAUAUUAAUGUGACCAGUGCAAUAUAAUUAUGUGUAUAUAUAUAUAUUCAUUAAAAAUAAUAUAAUUGUGAUUUUCAACUAAUAUUUAUUGUGUGCUAUAAGUUCAAUAGUGAUUUGAAAAGAAAAAUUGCUUUAUAUGUCAUUUCAAAGAAUUAUGAAAGUCAUUGUCCAAAGACAUGCACAUCUACAUUGUCUCUCUUAUGGUUUAAUAUGGUAAAAUUUAUUUUUAAAAUUGUAUUAAAUAUUUAAAAAUAGAACAAAAUAUCAUCUAACUAUUGCAGUGAAAAUGGAGGAUUGAGUUGCCAAUUGUUUGGGGGGUUUUAAGUCUCAUUUAUAUUGUUUUCCAUGCCAUUCAUCUUUAGCACUCCUAAGGUUUAUCUAUUCUUUGGAGGAGUGGGAUGUAACCCAGUGGUAAAGUGCUAGCUCGAUGCAUGGUAGGUUUGAGAUCGAUCUCCGUCGGUAGUAUAUCAAAGACCAUGGUAUGUGAGAUGGUGCUAAUGGAAAAAUGUAGCAGGUUUCCUCUCUAAAAUUAUAUGUCAGAAUUACCAAAUGUUUGACAUCCAAUAGCCAAUUAUUAAUAAAUCAAUGUGCUUUAGUGGUGUCAUUAAAUAAAACAAAACUAUCAUGUGGUAGAUGGAAAACAAAUCUGUAAUAAUUAAUGUUAUGACCCAGGGACCCAUACCACUCACCUUUGGCAUUCCUAAAGUUUAGCUAUGAUAAAUAAAAUGCUUGCCAUGGUAAAUAAAGUGCUUGAAGCUAAAACAUUAAUACUAAAACUUCACACAAUGCUUGGAAUUGGGCAACAAUAGGCAUGGCUGUUGUGACAAGCAUAUCUGAUAAAUGUCUGCUUACUCGAGUAUUAGUUGUAUAAUAUUAAUGUCCAGUGUACAGAUUGUAUUUAUUAAGCCGUUGUCUAUGCAUAAUUGUUUAUCAGUGAUAACUAUACCUGUACUUAUUCACAAUUUGGUCUUAACCCAUCCAUCUCACCACUGUUGUAACUGUAUCGUGUUAAUGUAAAUGUAUUUCCAAAACCAUUGUCUAUGCAUACUUUCACCAGUGCCUGAAUAGCAAAUUUGUUCUGAAAUAUGGAAUGCUUGGAUAGAAAUUCAUCAGAUUGGAAAGAGGGAAGAAACCAGUUUAAAAGACAAGAGAGAACUAGCUAAAAAAGGAGAUACUUAGCUCAGAAAGGGGAGAUAACUGUCAUGGAGCAAGAUAACUAUGGUAAUUCAGAAAAGGGGAAAUAAGUACCAGGUAGGUCAAAAAGAGAAAGAAACAGAAAGACAGAAAUUAUUUUAAAAGAUGAAGAGAAUUAGUUCAGAAAAGAAAAUAUUUGGUUUAGAAAUGAAAGGUGUUAUCUUUGAAAGGGGGGAGUAGGUGUACUAGCUUAGGAAGUGCAAACACUAGUUCUAUAAGAGGAAAACACUAGGUCACAAAGGAGAAGUAACAACAGGAAAAGCACCAUCUGCUUAUAAUUGUGAAAGAAAUAUAACAGGCAUUGCUCCAUUUCAGUUCCCAUCAUAUUAUGGUUCAUCUAGCUUUUUGACAUUAUUCAUUAUUGCUGCUUGCUUGUAAAAAAAAGAAGAAAGUUGAAUGCCUUCAUUUGUGUAUAGUUUAUAUGGAUUAUCAAUUUAUCGAGGGAACUGUUUUGGUGUCACAGUAAGAUACUAAUUUUACCUCAGAAAUUGUCCAUUAAAGAUAUGCCUUGUGUUGAUAAUAUACUGUUAGGAAUUGACGUGGCUGAAAUGUCACUAUCAUAAUAUUAUGGUGGAUGUUGUAGUGCAAAAAAUUAGCUUAAUUGUUUUUUGUAAUUAUUCAUGAAGUGUGGUUGAGUUUGCUAAGCUAAAAUCACAAAUAUUUUAAGGUAUCCAUGUGUUUUGUGAUUCAAUAAAAAUAAAAAACAA